AUGAGUGAUACGCCAACCGCAGAGGCACAAGCUGCCGAGGAUGACACCUUUGUGGCAGAAGCACUUAGCAGGUUCGAACAGGAAUGGCUUCCAGCACAGAUGCAAGACAAUAAUGCCCUGGCGCUCGCCAACGCCUGGAGAGACUGCGACGAUAUGCUGUCAAAAUUCGCCCGCGGCCAUCCCAUCACCUCUGACUAUUCGGACUUUAGACUUGGGAUCAGGACGCAGCAAGAUCGUCUGAAGGACUGGGGAAGACGACUUGGUUUCCCACGCAUGCUUGAUCCGAACGAUCAUGGCCCUCUCGACCCUCGCCUCACAGUACCUCGACUCACCCAGGGCGCAUUUGACUUUCUCGACGACAUUGUCAAGUCCGUCGCACCGCUUAUACCCCUUUCUAGAAGGCAUAUGAGACCGGACCUAGGGUGGUAUCUCGGGCCUCCAUCGAUGAGCUUGAGAAUCAGCAGUGCGACGAGGUGGCAUAGGAAGGAUAAGAAGGCUUUCGUGUCUCUCAGUCGGGGCAUCCGCGAAUGCAUCAGCUUGCUGUUUGUUUUGUUGGCUGAUGCAGAUGCCUAUAUCUUGCUCAACCCUGUUCCUUGGACUGCGGAAGGGCCUUCCAAGACCGAGGGAGUAGCGGAGACAAGCCAUGAUGGAUUUGCUAAUAAGCCAAUGACCUCUGGUAUAGAAGGACCGAGUGAGGUAGACAAACCUUGCGGCGAGAAGUCUAGGGCGAAUCCAGGCAGCCAGAAACCGCAGUUUUGCAACUUGACUAACGAGGAUGACCAUGAAUCUGAUGUCAAGCAACUCGACGACAAAGAUCACCUCAGAGGCGCGCUACGAAUCGCCAUAGCCAGGGACAAACAUCGUACCAAUGCAACGCUGAGGUGGGAAGGCUUCAAUAGCAAGCAUGUCCAGGAACAGAAAGAGAUGGAAUACAUCAACCCUACCCAUCCAUCUUGGUCAUUGAUGUAUACCACAGCCGAGUCACCUAAUGACAUUGGAAACAUACAAAGCAGCUAUAGUAAACAAGACAGCGAGGCCAGUCGCGAGUUCGAGGGGAAAUGGCCCGGAACACGCACUAUCCAAGGAUUCGCAGCAGAUUUGAGCGAUUGGGAACGCAACAGUCAGCCUACAUGUAAAGGAGACGGCACACACAGCACUACUGGCGUCGUUCCUAACCACAGCCUCGGCCAGCUCGUGGAAUGGCUGGACGAACUACAACAGCGUAAAGCAUUACCGGAGAAUAGAACAGAGCAAUCGACACUGGAGUACAUGCAGAAGCUUCUCGGCCCGGCCAACACCCGGCGUAUCAAGGCUCCUACUUACGACUUGGACCAUCAAAUUCAGGAUCUGCUCGUCACCUUGAAUCGCGUCGACAUCUUUCCAGUCUAUGACGAAGGAGUCUCUCCCGCCAAGAUGUGGUUAUCUGGCGACUCAAUGAGAUUAGAGAUGCUAUUCCAGAUGAUUGUCGCAUACGAACUAAAGCUGCGCCUCGAGCAAACCACAACCAACUUUACCACGAGCAACCAAGUCAUGGCGGCGAUGGAGAUGGCAGGCCGAUGGAUCAAAGGCGUGCGCAUCAAGAAUGUUUCGGUACCCGAGUAUGAACCAUAUUACGACUUUGAGGAACUCAUUCAAGAUGAGCAGAUCCAAGGUCUCGUUCGAUUCGCAGGGCUCAUGGAGUGGCCUGGCCUGGCCGAGAUGCGAGAAUUCUUGGAACCUCGGGGGGCCACCGUUCUACCAUCUGCAAUGGGCACACACAAGCUUCUGGGCUGGGCAUUUGGAACUGUCUUGCCCGGCUCAGGGUACGUCUGCACCAUCAUGUCCGCUCUCGUACUCGCUACCCCGAAUCUUCUACGUAUGGGCGAGCCGGCACAUCCCUCUGCUGGACUUGUGUUGGAUGGACGAUCAUACUGGCGCUCCAAGCACGUCCUCGGCCGUGUCUUUGGAGGGAUGAAGGGUGUCAAGGCGGCCAACGGUUGGGUUGGACCUUGUCCUCCAGUUCUGCCCAACGACGGCCAAGUUGUCAAACCUGGCUGGUGGCGGAUCCAGGAGAAGGACGUGUCAUUUGACCAAGUCCCCAGCGCCCCAGCAGAAAAUCCGCAUUGCGAGGCUUCAGACGAGCAAGGCAAGUGGGUAGGAACACUUGCGCCUCGAAAUUCGCCAACGAAGAUCAAGUUCUCGGGCCUGCAGUUCCUAAGAGCAAAGGCAGUUAACCCCAGAGAUGUGGCUGACGAGCCAAGAAGGGCUGUCUUGACAUUUAGCAUCAACGAAUCACCGACAGCCUCACUUUUGGAGUUGAAAUACAACCCAACUUUUGUCGCCGCCCCUCGAUGUAUAGACGGCCCACACCUCAUCGACCUGCGCGAUCUGCCAGAACUCGAGCACGUCGUGGACGUGGCUGACAUUGGAGACCCCUUUAAGUGUGUGUCUGAAGACGAGAGGGUGCUGAUCAUCGACGCUACGGGGGAAGGAGACUGCGAGCUACUGGCAAGGACGUGGUGUUCGAUGAAGGGUAGACAUGCCGUCAUCGCCAGAGCAGGCGAGGGGGCUUGCUUCACCUGUGCUGUGAGAGCAGCGGGUGAUCAAGGCUUGGGACUUGGAUGCCUGAUAUGGGUGUGA